AUGCCCCGCUUCCUUCACCUCCUGCAGACAAGAGCUCUCACUUUCCUGGGAAUUUUGUUUCAUUCUUCCUCAGAGCCAUGGGGAGCCAGGGCCCUAUGCUGCCCUGGUGCCGGCCCCUACGCAGUCCUGCUGCUGCCUCUGGGGACAAGCCAGCAAGACCCGUGGGCCCAGAGCUGCUGCUGGGAGGCUAGAAUGUACGCGCUGGAGAGGGUACCGGAGGCCCUGUGGCAGGGGAUAGAGCUGCUGGAGCAUGGCCAGGCCUGGGUUGAGGGACGGCAACAGGCACAGCAUUAGCAGCUGUAUCUGGGGGCUCCUGGUGAGGAUUUUCUAACAGAUUUGUACUCAGAACCUGGUGGCUCCCAGUUAGCUAGGAUUCAAAAGGUGAACGUGUUUGUGGCAUCUGAUUCAGGAAAAGGUGAGUUUAUUUCUUUAGUUGAAAUUCUUGAGAAGUGAUGGCAGGAAGGAAUCAC